GCGGCCGCCGGCGGAAGAAAGUGGCGAUGGCAGCUGCGGUGGCAGGCGGGACUCGGCGAGGUACCCCCAUGUACUCGCAGAAAAAUCUCACGUCAAAGAAAAAAUAUGACUUUGAAGAUAUCUUGGAGGAGAGGCGGCAGUCCAGUGAUCUCAGAUAUGCAAUGCGAUGCUACACCCCUGUUGUAUAUAAAGAACUUUCUCCCUGCAAGCCAAGUGCUAUUAAAACUAUUGUGUUGCAUUCUGAACAAGUACAGUAUGUCAUCAGAGAGCUUUCAAAGGAAAUGGGUGAAUCACCUGACAUCAUACAGGAAGAAGCUGCAGAAAUUCUGGAUGAGAUGGGACAUAGCAUGCAUAUGGGAGCAAUCCGUUUCUUUGCUUUCACGCUGAGCAAAUUAUUUAAAUGCCUUUUUAAGAGCAUUUGUGUAAAUGAAGAGGGCAUUCAGAAAUUACAACAGGCAAUUCAAGAGCAUCCCGUUGUUCUGCUGCCCAGUCAUCGAAGCUAUGUGGAUUUUCUCUUGUUAUCUUAUGUGCUGUAUACCUAUGACUUGGCUUUGCCUGUCAUUGCUGCAGGAAUAGAUUUCUUGGGAAUGAAAGUGGUUGGUGAACUCCUACGAAAAUCAGGUGCCUUUUUUAUGCGACGCACAUUCGGUGGGAACAGACUCUAUUGGGCAGUGUUUGCUGAAUAUGUCAAAACAGUGUUGAAGAAUGGCUAUGCUCCUGUUGAGUUUUAUCUUGAAGGGACAAGAAGUCGCACUGCAAAGACUUUGGUUCCAAAGUUUGGUCUCCUCAAUAUUGUGAUGGAUCCAUUUCUUAAAAGGGAAGUGUUUGACAUUUACCUUGUCCCAAUUAGUAUCAGUUAUGAGAGAGUACUGGAAGAAUCUCUGUACGCACAUGAACUUUUAGGAGUCCCUAAACCGAAAGAAUCCACAUCGGGACUAUUGAAAGCCAGGAAAAUUCUGAAUGAAAAUUUUGGAAAAAUACAUAUGUACUUCGGGCAGCCCUUAUCACUUAGAACGUUAGCAGCUGGGAGAAUCAACCGAUGUCCAUAUAACUUAGUUCCAAGGCAUAUUCCGCAAAAGCCAUCUGAGGAAAUCCAAGAAUUUGUCAGUGAUGUAGCCUACAAAAUAGAACUCCUUCAGAUAGAAAACAUGGUUCUGAGCCCAUGGAUAUUAAUUUCUGCUGUCCUCCUUCAGAAUUUACCAGCUAUAAAUUUUGAACUUUUGGUGGAAAAAACACUUUGGCUGAAAGGUUUAACACAGUGCUUUGGAGGAUUUCUUGACUGGCCGGAUAAUUUGUGUGCCAACAAAGCAGUAAGGUCCAGCCUUUCUUUACACACCAACAUUGCAAGUCUUGUCAAUGGCCAGGUGGUCCUCCAUGACACCGUAAUGGGACCUGGUGCUGCUGAGGAGACUAUUUUUAAACAAGCCCUCUCCGUCCUCCUGUGUGGGUCCUACAGGAACCAGCUACUUAAUGUCUUUGUGCGACCAGCCCUUGUAGCACUUGCGUUGCAAAUGACACACAGUUCCAGAAAAGAGGAAGUCUAUAGCAGUUUUGCUUUCUGGCUUGAUGUUUUUUCUGAUGAGUUUAUCUUUUUCCCUGGAGUACCUGUGAAGGAUUUUGAAGAAGGCUGUUACUUGCUUACAAAAUGUGAUGCAAUUCAAAUCACUCCACAGCAAAUCUUUGUUACAGAGAAAGGAAGUACUGUCAUCUCCUUUUUGAUGGCAAUGUUCAGGCCUUUUGUAGAAGGUUACCAGAUAAUUUGUAGAUACCUUUCCAAGGAGGCAAAUGAGGCUUUUUCUGAGAAGCAGUUUAUAUUUGGAGUCCGAAGUUUUGCUUCUCAGCUUCUCAAGACUGGAGGCACACAAUAUUAUGAGGUGUUGUCUUCAGAUAUGCAGAAAAAUGCUUUGGCAGCACUUGUGCGAUUAGAUGUUGCUAAGAGAACAAAAAAGUCUGAUGGAUUCACUUACAGUGUAAGUAAAGAGGCUCUGAUUAAAACUGCAGGAAUGUUUGAAUCUAGGAUACCUGUAAGGAAACCGAUAGUUGCACGCCUUUAAUGGGAGGAGACCUGAAUGGUUGGUCCUACACACUGUAAUUACAGAGAAGAGUUGGAAAUAAAGCAAAUUAUGGAAAGAAUGUUACAGGACACUACAGAACACACUUUGCAUCUUGAAAAGCUUUUGCGGCUCAUGGGUUGGACUCCAAAAGCUGAUAUAUUUUCAUCAGCAUUCUGAGAACUUUUAUUAGCCCUGAUGCUUACAAGUAUUUGUAAACUUGCAUUCUCUCUCAGUAAGCAUUGUUCCUCUCCUUCCUUCAUCCACAGUUGGUAUUUGACUGAAUUACACAAUGACAUCUGAAAUGUUUGUCAUGAUAAGAAAGUAGUUGGUUUUAUAUAAUUAUUUUGUUCUUGUGGAAAUUGUAACUAAGCAACUAAAGAUGUAACUUUAAAAGGAAUAUUUAAGGAAAAACUCAUUGGUUGCUGUUUAUGAAGAGAUGAACCCUGUUCCUCCCAUGGUAUUAAUUCCCCCCAAAUGCCAAUUCUGUAACUAACUGAUUUUAAAAAUUUGUAUACACAACUAUUCCAGCAUUAAAAACUGAAAAAAGAAUC